AUGAGUGACCUGCAGAAGGCGUGGGCGAAGAAGAAGAUGGAGUUGAGCAAUGCAGACGUCUUCAACGAGCUAGACGAGGAGGAGGAGGAGGAGGAGGAGAACGGUCGCAUAGGGGAGCUCCCUGAAAUCCUGGAUGACGACUCCUCGUCGGCCUCGUCGGCCUCGUCCACGGGCACGGUGGUCCCCACUCCGAGCAGGAAGCUCUUUGCCAGACCAUUAGGUCCCCCAAGAGGAGGAGGCAGAACGUUGGACCAGAUACCUUGGACAACGUACUUUGAACGGGAGCUCUUCCUCGAAGGCCAGAAGGACGAGUCUGGGGCCGCCCAAAUCACACACCAUGCCUAUCUGACCUCCCCUGGCGAUAAGGGACCACUGUUCUCUGAGAUCAGGAAGCGGCUGCCAUCGGCAGGCAUCCUGUCUCUAGACGCGAGGGGCCACGGAUCGACAGUUACAGCUACAGAUGCGCCCCUCGACCUGAGCCUGGAGACCCUACGCUCUGAUCUGCUGUCUGUCAUCCGGCAGACCCAGGCGCAGAUGGGCUGGAAGGAACUCCCUCCGAUUGUACUUGUUGGUCACUCCCUGGGAGGAGCUGUCGUGACGGAUCUCGCAAAAUCCCAUGCCCUGGGGUCUUCGCUCCUCGGAUACGCCGUACUCGACGUCGUCGAGGGCUCAGCCAUGGACGCCCUCCAGAGCAUGACGACAUACCUGUCCACCAGACCCACAGGCUUCGCCUCGAUCCAAGCCGGAAUUGACUGGCACAUUCGGUCGAGAACACUCCGCAACUCGAUCUCAGCACGCACGAGCGUUCCCGGCCUGUUGACGCAGGACCCAACUCCCGGUGUGAGCAGGCCCUGGAAAUGGAGGACGGACCUCGCAGCAACAGAGCCCUUCUGGUCGGACUGGUUCGUGGGCCUGAGCAAGAAGUUCCUCGAGGCCAAGGGUGGGAAGCUGCUGAUCCUGGCCGGAACUGACCGGCUGGAUAAGGAGUUGACCAUAGGCCAGAUGCAAGGCAAAUACGCCUUGCAUAUCUUCCCGGAGGCUGGCCAUUUCGUCCAUGAGGAUGUGCCUGAAAACACGGCCUUGGUGAUUGCGGAUUUCUACAGACGCAAUGAUAGAAGUGCCCUGGUCCUGCCGCCGAAAGUGGGAGAUCUGUUGGCACAGGGGAAGAGAGUCUAG